UUUUGAAGUUUUAAACUCUAAUAAAGAAAGUUUUGAUGACAAAAACUCAAAAUUUGAAGAUUUUUCAGAUUCUUCUUCUUCUAAUAAAGAUUCUGAAUCUGAAAAUGAACAAACAAAAUUAUAA